AUGGUUGAAAGGUGUGAGCAAGCAGUGACAGAACGGACCCAGCAACUCUCCAUUGCGAAAACGAAAUGGUACCGCUGCCACCUUGCGCCAUUGCAUGAGAGACACUCACACUCAACUCAACUCACCGGGAAACCCACCGGAGUCCAUCAUCGUUCGCCAUCAACACUCCUGUACUCCGUACAUGUUUUGUAUUUGCGAACUGGAAGUUUGGAAGCGCCUUUGUUAAAAAUGUCUGACCUUCCAUUUCAAGUCGGGGAAUUGAUCGAGUCACAAUCCUUUCUAAAUGGUUUUCGCGGUGCAUGGUUCAGGUGCAAGAUCUUAAAGAUUGUGGAGAAAUAUGGUGGGAUGAGCUAUCUAUUGGAGUAUCCUGACUACCCUGAUGAAAAGAGUAUUCAAAUCAAGGUGUAUGAGAAAGCCCCUCAUGUUAACAAGUCAAAGGGACUCAACAAGGUAUUAAUGGUGCGACCUCGCUUUCCUACCAUUUAUCGUGAAAGUGAAAAGCUUGAUGUAAAUGCCAUCUCAGAAGUGGUCGUUAUUGUUGAUGGCGCAUGGAAGAUUGGGGAUUUGGUAGAUUGGUUUUCGGAUGGUUGCUAUUGGUCUGGAAAAGUGACUGAACUAUUUGGAAAUGACAAAGUUCAGAUUGAUUUGCUACCUCCUCCGCAUGGUGAAGGAUGUUCAUAUGAAGCUUUUAGUAAGGACCUGCGCCCUUCCUUGGACUGGUGCCAGCAGAAUGGCUGGACUGUGCCUAUGCCUACGCAGGAGGAUGGAAGUAGGUGCCCUGCUCGGAUAACGAAUCCAGCAAAUUCAGGGAAUAUUGUGAACAUAACUACUGCUACAGAUGGGGCCGAGAACGUUGGUCAGCCUUCAUCUAGAUCCAUGGAGACUAGAGAGAAUAUGGAUAUUGAAAUAGCUGAUAACAAAAGUGGAAGAACUUCCUUUUCAGAUAUUAUUUCAAGCUCACAUAAUUCUGAUGCAUCGAUUGAGAUUCUGGAAAGGACUCCUAUAAAUAGACAUGAUGGUGAGUAUCCUGCUAAGAAGAUGAGAACCAACAGCAACCUUUGUCUGAAUUCCACAUCUUCAAAUACAACAGACUCAGCAAUUCUGGACUUGGAGGAACUUCUAAACAGAGUUAAAUGGUUAAGGUGUGUGUUGAAAUGUGAGGUGCCUUUAUCCGGUGCUAAACGCCCAUCUUGGCAAUUUUCGCAACAUCAUGCGUCAUGCAAAUAG